UCGGGGUGCUCCUUGAGUAAGGUUUGUUUGCCCAUGUGCCGACUUACACGCUCGUCUCAGCCUUCUCGCGCACAACAUCCUACAUCGAGCUGAAGGGAACUAAUCUCUCUCUGUUUCCUUUCUUCCCGAAUCCAAGCCUUUCCUCUUCUUCAAAGCAGUAGACAACAGCUUCAGCCACAUUUCUGAAAACUUUCUCGACAUGUUCUCACGCCUUCAACCAUGCAGACGCAAAAGCGUUCUUUCGACCCUCCUCGUCUUCUUCGUUCUAGCCCUCCUAGUCGACCGCACAUUUGCGACACCCUCCCCAGUCCCAGAACCAGGCCUCGACAAACAAGCAAGAGACACAACAGUCAUAGAGGAUCUUUCGCACCUUGCCAUCGCUGCCGAGACGUCCUGCGAGGGGUAUGAGGGCCAAUACAACUGUCUUUCGGAUUCGUUCCAGUACUGCCUCAACGGGACAUGGAGCACCGUGAACUCAUGCACCGGGAAUAGCGAUGACCCUGCCGAGUCAUCAUCUUCAUCGUCGCCUGUCUGCUCGCCUAUCGGAAGGACGGAUACUAUUGAUUUCGAUGGAGAGUGUGAACUCGAUGCCUCUUGGGGAUGGGGGAAUGGUGGAGGUGGUUGGGGCGGCGGCCGGGGAUACUAUGGUGCUGGAGAGAGGGUUGAGGUGUCAAGAUGGGUUUGGUCCUUUGUUGGUAUGGUUUUCGUCUUGGGGGCAUUGUAAAGGUCAACGCAGCUAAUAACCGACUUCCGGACGAGGGUUGAGGGAACGAGGGGCAUGGUGAUGUGGAUAGGAUAAAUAUGCUUGAACCUUUUCUUUGUCAAGGUGGCAUCCUGGUAUCAUACAUCCUCGACAGGUGGAUGUGACGUUUUCUUUGCAUAGACGAGGGUAUCUCACCGGCCUCCCAGCAAGGCAUUUUCUUUUGUAAUACCUACAACUAGUCUCACAGAAACACACGGCCUGUUCAUGGCAUGUUUUCAGAUAGUCUUUCACCGUCUGGAUUUGGGCGGAAUAAAUAUGAUGAUAUGCCGGCAUGAUCGAUUUAAUUCCAUGGAAUAUUCUUAAACGGACGAAAUAA